CCGUUCUCGUUUGGUUCUCGUAUCGACGAGUAGCACUGGCAUUAUAUUAGUUUCCUUUCCUGGAUCGUCGAUCGGGAGAGAUUGGUGUGAGGUAUGUAUGACUUGACGGCUUGACGCCAAUAUCACGCUUUGAAUGAAGCAGCGUCCGUCCAUCAGAUGAUGUCAUGCCAAUCUGAGCGCCAUGAUGGCGACACAUCCCUUGAUGCCUCGCCGGCCGCUCCGGUCAAGUCUGCAGACGAAUUAGUUGGGUCCCCUCAGCCGUAUGACGCCGACGUUCCUUCGAUUGUACCCACUCGCAGUCUGCGUAGAAAUUAUAAGUGCGAUCAGUACUGAUUACUGAAAGAUACUAGAUUGGUAGUAUUUGGAGUUACUAGUACGAUCUGAUGGAAGUCAUUGAUGCCCUCGAACCAAUUACAUCAUGUAUUCGUGUGCCGUUUUUCAGCUCGGCUUCUGGGCUUCGACGAUUACAUCCCCGCGUACGCCGGCGCCAGCAACGAUCAGCUCCUCACCGGCGUCAACUUCGCCUCCGCUGCAGCCGGGAUCAGGGACGAGACCGGCCAGCAACUGGGCCAACGGAUCAGCUUCGGCGGGCAGCUCCAGAACUACCAGGCGGCGGUGCAGCAGCUGGUGAGCAUCCUGGGCGACGAGGACUCGGCGGCGAGCCACCUGAGCCGGUGCAUCUUCACGGUGGGCAUGGGCAGCAACGACUACCUCAACAACUACUUCAUGCCGGCCGUCUACUCCACCAGCCAGCAGUACACGCCGGAGCAGUUCGCCGACGCGCUCGCCGGGCAGUACGCGCAGCAGCUCCGGACGCUGUACAGCCUCGGGGCCCGGAAGGUGGCGCUGAUGGGCGUGGGGCAGGUCGGGUGCAGCCCCAACGAGCUGGCGCAGCGCAGCCCCGACGGCGCCACCUGCGCGGCGGAGAUCAACGGCGCCAUCGACAUCUUCAACCGGAGGCUCGUCGCCCUCGUCGACCAGUUCAACGCGCUGCCCGGGGCGCACUUCACCUACAUCAACGCCUACGGGAUCUUCGAGGACAUCCUCAGAGCCCCGGGCUCGCACGGCCUGACGGUGACGAACCGAGGGUGCUGCGGGGUCGGGCGGAACAACGGGCAGGUGACGUGCCUGCCGUUCCAGACGCCGUGCGCGAACCGGGACGAGUACCUCUUCUGGGACGCCUUCCACCCCACGGAGGCGGCCAACAUCCUCGUCGGCCGGAGGGCGUACAGCGCGGCGCUGCCGUCCGACGUCCACCCGGUGGAUCUUCGCACGCUCGCUCAGCUCUAGCUGCUCUGCGUUCGGCUGGUCUCCAGCCUCCAGCUCCUACAGUAUUUCUCUCUCACAUCACUCCAACUCCAGACUCCAGCCACCAGCCAGGUAACAGUAUUUUUUUCUCACAUCACUCCAGCUCCAGCCUCCAGAACACGACACACCUUCGUACUCACGUCGAGAGGAGCGAAGCUUUUAGUGCGAAAAUUACAAGCAGGUUACACGUUUAAUUUCUUCUGUGUCACUAGUACUCGCCAAGGAGAUAAAUGUGUGCAUCUUAACUACAGCUAUAUAUAUAUAUAGACACAGGGUUUCUUCUGGUUUCCCUAA